AUGUUACAAUAUUACGUUACGCGCCUUCACCGCAUGCCACUCCAUGUUCAUCAACUCUCCACAUUCUCGCUGCAAUUUCUCAUCAUUUCGCCUUCUCCUCUCAUCCCAAUUCCUCCUUCCCCCGUCUCUUCCCCCUCUCCCCAUCUCCCUUCCCCUUUCUCCCCAACCUCCCUGCCCACUCCCCUUCAACCCCUCUUCUCCGCCACCCCCGCGCGCGACAUUCCAGCUUCCGCCGAUGUCUUGCGCCCAUGGGCGCACCUCGACGUCGGCAAGCUCGAGGUUCAGUUCCAGUCGCAGCCCCCCCCGGCCUCCCCCUCCAUGCCUCCGCGCACGCCCGAGCCUUCCGCCGAGCGCGUCCCCCACCCCGCCUUGUCGUCGCUCUGGGCUAUUCCGGGCUUCGCCGCCGCCGCUUCCGCCGCGGCAGGCGCAGUAGCGGGCGCAGCGGCGGGGGUUUCCACCCAGCUCGGGGACGCAUGGGUCCCCGGAGGCGCGCGGCAGCAGCUGGGCGCGGGGAACGCUCGCGCGGGCGGUUCCGCGGGUGGUUCAGCUGGGGGGAGCGGCAGCGGCGGGUUUGGCGGGUACAGCAGCGGUUACGGCGGCGGGGCGGAGCGGGUACUGGGGGAGCGGAUAGCGCUGAGUAGCUGGUUGGAGGACGAGGAAAUGCAAGUAGCAGUGACGGAGAAUGCGGAGAUGAUGGCGCUGGGUAGAGGCGCCACUCUCAUCAUCUUCGACGGAUUGCCGCUGCCAGACGGACGCCCCCGUCCCGGCUGUCACCCCGAUCCAGUAGUGGUGGUACCCGCGUGUGAGCCAGACGACGCCAUAACGUGCCUCGAGUGGCUGGUUUUCUCCUCCUUUGGCCCACGCCCCGUGCCCACACCCCCCGGCCGUCCCCCCGGGUGCUUCUACUGCGUUGCCGUGGGCACUGCCGCGGGGUUCCUGUUCAUCUAUGCCGACUCCGGGGCGCUGCUUUUAAAGCAGAUGGUGCACACGGAGCCAGUGGUGCGGGUGCGCGUGCGGGCAGUGGAGGCGGGCAUGGUGCGCAAUGAUGGCACACAGGAGCUCUGUAUCGUCACUCGCAACGCCACCCUCAUCAUCGCAUGCACACACCUGCAGUCGUUGCUGCGGCAGCGAGUGCUUCAGGUAGACGACACGCUCACACUCCACAACCCCCGCGGCCUCGCCUCGCGCCUCGCGUACAUGUCACACGCCCGCCGGCCCCCGCCCACGCGCGAUGAGGAGGCGCUCAAGGCGUUUGCAGUGCCGCUCAAGAAGUGGCGCACUGGCAGGGCUGGUACUCAAUGGAGCGACGGCGCUGUUGCUGGGCUCUUCCCCGCCCCGCUCUUCCAAACUCAGGCCCCCAAGCAGUCUCUCUGCAUUGUCACUGUGGGCGUGCAUCCCACCAUCGCUGCUUUCGCUGCCACGGAGCAAGGCGGAUGGGUGCAACUCGCCUCGUCCUUUGCCACCAAUGUGCGCUCUCGGGCCAAGUCAGCUGCCCUCUCCAUAACACGCUCCAUCACCCGCGCACCCCGCCGCAUCCUCUCCAAAACCCUCUCCACCUCUCAGGACCCCUCCAAUCCCUCCUCAGACCCUACCGCAGACCCCUCCGCUCCUUCCUCCGCGUUCUCGCCAGGCUCCGGCUCCCCCAACUCCCGCUCCUCCUCCAUCUCCACCUUCUCCCCCUCCUCCUCCUUUUCGUCCUCUUCCCACGCGGACGACGACCCGCCGCACCUCUCCCGCCCGGCGCCGCCCGAAGCGGUGGAGGCGGGGCAGGCGAUGGCAGUGGUGGCGGGGUUUAAGGACUCGGUGCGGCAUGCACAGAGGCUGGCGGUGGCGCCUAGGGGGACCCUCAUGGCGCUGGCUGAUAACCUGGGGCGCGUGCUGCUGCUGGAUACUCAGAUCUUUGGGGUUGUGCGCAUGUGGAAGGGCUAUCGGGAUGCGGAGCUGGCGUUUCUAGAGGUGCCCAUAAUGGGCGGCACAAUGACAUCCAUGGCAGCAGCAUCGCCCAACGUGCAUCUCCUCAUGCUGCGCCCGCGCCAGCUCGCCAUUUGUCUCGCCAUCUUCGCACCCAGGCGCGAGGUCAUUGAGGUGUGCUCACGUCUCCUCCCUACUCCCCCUGCCCCUCUCAACUCGCCCCUCCUCAUUGCUCUCCCCUCCCCGCUGCUCUCCCCUUCUCCCUACACUCCCCCCCCUCCCAACUCUCCCUCCUCCCUACUCACCUCUCUACUCCGUUCUCCUCCUCUCCCUCCUCCCUGCUAUCUCCCUUUGCCCGCUUUCCAUUCCUACCUGCCUAUUGGCGCCUCCCCUUGCUCAUGCAAAGACUCCUCUUAUCCGCCUCCCUCCAUGCUCCCACUCCCACCUUCCCUCUCUCUCCUCCAUCUUCAUCUUCUCGGCACUCCAUCCCCCUCCGCUUCCUCACUCUCCCCCUCAACCCCUCUCCCUCUCCCUUUUUGCCAUCUUCAACCACAACACUCUCACCCUGUGUCCCUGCCACUCCUUCCCUCUCCUCCCCUCCUUCAGCAGCAGCUGCUGCGGCAGCAGCAGCAACAGCAGCAGUUGCUGAUCGAGAGCACCGGCAUGGGGGCUGCGGGUGCCGCUGGGGGAGCAGCAGGGGAAGGGGGAGAGGCGGGAGGGGGCGGGCAGGGGUUGCUGGGCGCAGUAGAGGGAUUGCAGGUGGCGAGGCAUAGAGCGUUUGUGCUGGACGGAGCUACAGGGCACCUUCUUCUCGCUGCAUUCUCCAUCCUUCUGCGUGACAUUAAACCUGCACCCCUCAACAUCUCCCCACGUCUCUCUCUCUCCUCCCCCUCCCGACUCUUCCACUCCCGCCCUUACCACCUCACCCGCCCCCCUGCCCCGCCUCCCCAACCUCUGCCCUGCGCCUCUCUCCCGCCUCUCCGUUUCCCCCUCUCCUGCCCCCCUCACAGCAGCAAGGCCUCGGCGUCAGACGCGUCUCGCCCGCACGACUCCCUCACAGAAGCUGACGUGUUCCAGCACCUCAGCAAGGCCUCGGCAUCAGACGCGUCUCAGCCACACGACGCCCUGACAGAAGCCGACGUGUUCCAGCGCCUGUGCGACCUACUCAAGCUCAAGCGCAACGCUCGCGCCGCAGCCCAAGAAACCGUGGAGCUGCUGAGAUGGAAAGCCGAGGAGGAGGAGCGGCGGGGCGCAGAGGAGCAGGGCGUGUAUGAGGGGAGGGAUGGGGAUGCGCAGCAGCAGGAGGAGGAGGAUCUAGUGUUGUUGCUGCUAGGCGCGCUCUCAUCCCCUGUGCGCAAGCUACAGGUGCUCGACCUGCUAGUGGCAACGCGGGACUCUCUCUCAGCGCACUGCCACCUGGCAGUGUUAGAGGACGUCUUAACCUCAGUAGAAGACGCCAUAGACUACAACCUCGGGGUUGCACGCGGGGGCGCUCCCGGCAUGGGCCCCCCUCGCCCCCCGGCACUCAACACGUCCCUCCACUCGUUCUCCGGACACUAUGACCCUUCAUCGGGUCACUACGACCCGUCGUCGUUCCUCCCCCCUGGACAUGCGGCGAUGGGUGCUGCUGGGUAUAACGGGCGAGGGGCGUGGCCGGGAGCGGGGAUGGGAGGUGGCGGGUGGGAGAUGGCAGGAGGGAUGCAUGGUGGCAUGGGGGGGGGCGGCAUGGGCGGGCAUGGGAGGGAGUGGUAUCGAGGUGGGAGCGCUGGGAGGGAGAUGAGUGGGAGCGUAGGGGGAGGCGGAAGUGUGGGGGGUAAGCAGCUGACGCGGGGGAAGAGCUGGGCGAGGCGAGUAGAUGAUAAGCUGCUGCAGUAUCUGCAGGAAAGGAGGGGGCUGCUGCGCUGGCAGCGCCUGCUGCUGAAGGUCUUUCUGAAGCUAAGGGACGACCAUGAGGAACACUUGGAAGAGGAGAGAGCAGAGGACGCCAGGCAGCGGGGAAUGGGAGGAAUGGAGGAGGACGCAAACGGGAGGUGGUACAGGGAGGGCGGUAUGGGGAUGCGAAUGGGCGGCCCUGGUAUGGGGCCUGGGAUGGGCCCUGGAAUGGGCCCUGGGAUGGGCCCUGGGAUGGGGAGGGGGCCGGGGGCAGGGCCGGAGAUGGAAGAGGAUGAGGACGAGGCGGAGCUGUUUACAUCUGUGAACUGGGAGAGGAGAUGGUUGAGGAGGCCGGGGAUUCAAGGUGGGGGGAAGCGGCGGGUUCUGUCAGAAGCAGAGGAAGCAGCGCUGGUGGAUGAAACAGCAGAGCGCAAGGCACGGUACCAGUCCUUGGUUGCGGAUCUAGGCGCGUGGAUCAACGUGUGUGAGUCUGAAUCAGAGUGCAACCUCCUCUGGAUGGAGACUCAGGAGGUGCGUGCCCGCGUCCCUGCCCCUCCCGCUGCCGCCGCCGCCGCCGCUGCCGCCGCUGCAGACGCCGCUGCUGCUGCAGCCGCAGCAGCAGCAACCGCAGCAGCAAACGCUCAGGGGACCGCAGAGGAGGCAGAAGCACUAGCAACGCCUGGCACCCCGCCUACGUCUACCAUCAUUGGGGACGGGUUCACGGAUCUCACCAUCCCUUGGCCGAUAGAAGAAGCCACCCCGCCGACACUCUCCUGCAGUGAGUUCCUCCGCUGCUUUGGCUAUGACUCCCGGUGGACGCCCAGGGAGCUUCCAGAGGACAGGAGGAAGGAGAGGCAGAGGAUCAAGGCUGGAGCUAGUAUUGGGGGCGGUGGUAGCGUUGGGGGUUCCGGCAGGGGGUACGACAGCGGGUACGGUGGGAUGGAUGGUGGUGGAGGGGGAGGGGGAGGGUACAGCGGCGCAGGGAACAGCCGGGGGGGGCGCAAGGGGUUCCACAGAGGGGGCGCUGGGGCAGCAGGGGAGGAGCGCAGCCACGGGCUGUGGCUAGCAAUCGGUGAGGAUGUGAGUGAACUGAGGGCGCUCUCGCAUUUCAUCAUGCGGAAUAUGACGCGUGGGGAGGCAGGCACGCGGAAGCUGUUCCAGGUGUUAGACGUGGUGGGGUUGUCCCGGGAAGACUGGCAGUGCCUGUUCCUGGUGUGGUUCCGGUCGGUAAAGGUAGACGAUUUGCUCUCUGUAGGGCUAGAUGUUCUCAUGGAUGUGAUUCACUGCAUUGGAUGGUUGCGAGAGGACGAGGACGAGGAGGAGUAUGAGGAGAUCAGCAUGCUCGACUCCCCUGGCCUGGCUUCUGCUGCUGCCUCUGCUGCAGCUGCUGCUACUGCUGCUGUGGGAGCGUCUGGGAGGAGGCAGCAGCAGCAGGGGAGGAUGAUGGGGGGCCGAGGGGCACGGUCCAUGCGAGUCACUCAGCAGCAGCGGGAUCACGUACCCCCUGGUGGCCGCUUCCCGCUCUUCUUCGGCUGGUGCCAGGUCACAGGAGCAGUGGCGAAAGCACUCUUCAUGGCGCGCCUCUGCGCACAGGUCGCCAAGGAGAACCUACAGCACAUAGCAUUAGAAAUGGUCCGUGGGCCUACUCCUUCCUCCUCCCGCAGCCCUAGACGGCUGGCUAGACGCUGGACCCAGGGCGUGGGCGGGCCUGGGGACAGGGGCAUGGGGAUGCAGUUAGGGGGGGAUGUGGAUCUAGCGCAGGCAAGGGCGGAGGGUGCGACGGUGGCGCGGCGUAUGAAGCGGCUGCAGGAGGAUUCGUUUGUGGAGCAGCGGGGGCUGGAGCAGUGGCUGCAGCUGGCGAAGCAGGUGGACGAUGCGUGGAUGCUGGGUCGCGCCAUGCUGCAUAUCACCAAGCUCUCCGCUGCGCAUGGGAUCAUUGUCACGCGCUCCCGUGUGCCGUCGGCGGCGGAAGUGUCCUCGUUCCCGGUGCCGCUGUGGGUGGCGAAGCUGCAGCUGCUGAUCUCGCCUGCGUCUGGGGUGGUGAGGCACCUGCAUAUGGCGCUCCUGCAUUCUGUGAAAGAGCCAGCUUCGAUGCGAGAGGCCCGUGCCCGGGCCAAGGAGAGGGCCAAGAGAGGAGCCAAGAUGGAGUGGGAUGUGGGGACGCUGUUUGGAGAAGAGGAGGAGGAGGAUGAGGAGGGAGGAGAGGGAGGCGAGGAAGGAAGGGAGGGUGAUGAGGGUGCGGGAGAGGGUUCGGGGCUGGGGAGAUUGGAGGAGAUGCAAAGGGAUUCAGAGGUGGGAGGGGGAGGGGGAGGAGGGAACGUGGAGGGUGGAAAAGCUGGUGCAGGAACUGGAGAGAGUGUGGAAGGUGGUGUGGUCGAGAGUGCUGAGGCUCCUCCUCCUGAGGUUGAGGGAGAGAAGAGUGAAGGAGAGAAGAAGGAAGGUGAGGAGAAGGGGAGUGUGGGGGUGGAUGGAGGUGCAAAGGAGGGGGGUAAGGUAGUGGAAGGGGAUGGAUCAGGAAAAAAGGUGGAGGAGGGUGUGGGGAGUAGCAGAGGGGAAGAGGGAGCAUUGGAGGAGGUUGGGGGACAGGAGGCUAAGGAGAAGGGGGAUGAGGAGAAGGGGGGUAAGGAACCGAUGGGAGAGGAGCAGGGGAGUGAGGAACAGGGGAGCAAGAGCAGUGCUGACAGGGCAGUUGGUGAUGGUGAUUGGGUGGAGGGAGAAGCAGGGUCAGUGCAGGGCUCAGUGCAGGGGAGUGAACAACACGGAAGCGAGCAGCAGGGAAGCGAGCAGCAUGGGAGCGAGCAGCACAGGAGCCUGUCGUUUGGUAGUGAGGGCGAGUGGAGAGCGAACCAAGAAGGAAGAACCUCCAUUGGACGUGUGAACGGGCCGCCAGGGGGACUGGACCCUGCUUUGCCCGCCCCUCUGCCCCCUCCUCCUAUGAUGAUGGACGAGGAGAGGCGGAGGAACAUGGCUGUGGGGAUGGGCAUGGGAGGCAUGGGAGGCAUGGGAGGCAUGGGUAUGGAUAUGGGCAUGGGUAUGGGCAUGGGUCCUCCUGGGAUGGGUCCCGAAGGGAUGGGGCCAGCAGGCAUGGGGAUGGGGGGUGCAGGCAUGGGGCAUGAGGGCAUGGGGCACAUGGGGGGGCAUUACGGACCCGAGGAUAGGUAUGACGGGCGUCCCCAAGGAGGCUUUGAGACAUACGAGGAGCAGGAGCGGUGGUAUGAGAUUGCUGAGAUGGAAGCAGAGAGGGAGCGUGCGCGGGAGCGAGAAAUGGAGCUGGAACGAGAGAGGGAGAGGGAGCGGGAGCGCGAGUGGGAGAGGGAGCGGGAGAGAGUGAUAGAGCAGCAAAUGGCAAUGGCUCGAGAAAUGGAACAGGAGAUGUUGAAGGCGCAGGAGGCAGCGAGAGCAGCAGAAGAAUCGAUUGAAGCACAGGCUGUAGCCGAAGCUGUGGAGCUGCUAAAAGAGCUGCUUGUGCGAUUCUCUGUGACCUGCAACCUGGAUAUUCUCGCCGCGCACCGUUCCCUCGAGCUCUGCCGCCAGUGGACCCAGAUGGUCCCUCUCGACCGCACUGCACCGCUCCCAGCCGCCGGCCCCGGCGGGAUUCCGCUCAGCCUGGUGGUUUCGCACCCGGUGAGAGGGUUCAAGGUGGAUAUGAACGACCUGCUGUACUUCACGUAUGAGCACGCGUCUACGCUGUCCACCGUGGCGCUCAAGGGAGGCGUGGUGUGCAGCAUGUGGGGACCCAUGAUCGGCCCGCGCGCUGCUGCUGCGGUUUCGCUGCUGCAGAAGCUCAGGCGGGCUCCCACUGAUGAGGAGAGCGCCAAGGCUACUGGCCUCGGCGGGGCAUCAGUGUCAGAAGCAGCAGGAGCCGUGGGCGCAUACGAGCAGCUGCUAGUUCUCCUCUUUGACUGCUCGCUACUCUCAGAGCUCGGGGAAAACACCGACCGGGGCAGCCGGGAAACCGAUGCCUUCAUAGCAGCGCGCGACGCCACGUGCCGAGAAGCCAUCUCCGAUUUCCGUCAGGCGGCCCCUGCGAGUGACCGAGUGCACGCGUACAUGCUGCUGCUGCGCGUGGUGGGGAUUGCCCUCGCGCUCAAUGUGGACUAUGUGCCGCUCUCCAGCAUGUUCCCUCCCAGCCUCCUCACCAGCUUCCCCGCUCUGCGCUCUGAGCCACUGUCGGAGGCAGAGGCGACGGUAGACAGCAAGCGCAUGGAGGCUCGCCUGCACUCAGAUGCUGCUGCUGCUGCUGCUGCUGCUGCGGGUGGUGGUGCAGGGGCCGUGCCCCUUGCUGCCCUAGGCCAUGAGCCUGGACCAUCUGGCAUGGGAAUUCCCCCAACAGCGCCAGUCCCCCCAGCAGCAGCAGCACCUCCCAAGGCGCACGCGCACAGGCUGCGGGUGUAUGAGGCUCGGUACCGAGCCGCAUCUGCAUUUGCCCUGGCCAAUGACCUGGGCGUGCCCCAUGAUGAGCUGCGGCGCCGCCAGGUGGCACUCAAGUACCUCAAGCAAUAG